CAAGCCGAGGUAUUACUGCGGUUUUAACUGGCUAGCUAAAUAGUUAAGUAAAAUACGUUUUUAUACGAUUUUUUCACAUUGUUUUACGGUGUUUUCGGCACUCAUAUUUAAACUUUACCGCGUCUUCGUUGAACUGAACUGGGGAGUUAGUUUUUUUUUUAAACUAGGUUAACGAAUGGAGGCAGAAAAGCGAGAAAAGGACCGUACUGUAGCAACAUGUGGAGCGGGUCUAUCCGUCCGUACGCUGCGCGGAUAUGUGUGAGAGAAGAGCCGCUGCGGGGAUAAUGAUUCACGGUAAAGGCGCGGACAGUCUCCUCCGGUUAGAAUGAGCGAUAAACCCAACAAACUGCUCCUCAUUCCGCUCUUAGUGCUGCUCUUCGUCAUGAUAGGCUACCAGUACAUCUGCCCGGCGGGCAGCCAGUCCUGCCACUUCGGAACCGGGGACAAGCUGCGGGGCGCGGGUGCCCUCUCCACCGGCUUCCCCGCGGCUCUGGACGACCUGUACCGGGAGCCCGAAGUGGAAGAGGAGGAGGAGGAGGGGGACGAGAACCCGGUCAGACUGACCGCCUCCAAAUUCAACUUCUCGGAGCGAGACCUGUCGCGACACGUGGAUUUCGACAUCCGUGGAGACGACGUAAUCGUGUUCCUCCACAUCCAGAAGACCGGCGGAACCACGUUCGGCCGGCACUUGGUCCGGAACAUCCGCCUGGAGCAGCCGUGCGACUGCAAGCCUGGCCAGAAGAAGUGCAACUGCCACCGGCCGGGCAAGGACGAGUCGUGGCUCUUCUCCCGGUUCUCCACGGGCUGGAGCUGCGGGCUGCACGCCGACUGGACCGAGCUCACCAACUGCGUGCCCGUCAUCAUGGAGAAGAAGCAGCAGCAGCCCAAGCGCAGAAGGAACUUCUAUUACAUCACCAUGCUGAGGGACCCUGUGUCGCGCUACCUGAGCGAGUGGAAGCACGUGCAGCGAGGCGCCACCUGGAAGACCUCCCUGCACAUGUGCGACGGCCGCUCGCCAACACAGGCCGAGCUGCCAGCCUGCUACAGCGGAGACGACUGGUCGGGCGUGACGCUGCGGGAGUUCAUGGACUGCCCCUCCAAUCUGGCCAGCAACCGGCAGGUGCGCAUGCUCGCCGACCUGAGCCUGGUGGGGUGCUACAACCUGUCCUCCAUGAACGAAAGCGAGCGCAACCCCAUUCUCCUGGCCAGCGCCAUGAGCAACCUGAAGAACAUGGCCUUCUACGGCCUGACCGAGUUCCAGCGCAAGACGCAGUACCUGUUCGAGCGCACCUUCCGCCUUCGGUUCAUCUCGGCCUUCACGCAGCUCAACAGCACACGCGCCGCCAACGUGGAGCUGCGCGAGGACGUGCGCCGCCGCAUCGAGCGCCUCAACUUCCUGGACGUGCAGCUGUACGAGUUCGCCAAGGACCUGUUCUUGCAGCGGGUCCAGUUCGAGCGGCAGCUCGAGCGCCGGGAGGAAAGGCUGAAGCGGCGUGAGGAGCGCCACCGACUCCGCGAGCAGAAGGUCCGGCAGCAGGAGGACAAUGAGGUGCAGCCUGCCACCACUGAGGACUAUGCCAGCCAGGUGGCCCGCUGGUGAUGCCGCUCACAUCGAAUGCACAAACACAGUCCUAAUCCUGAGGUCACUCAUCCCAAGAUGAGGAGGAGGAGGAGCAGCAUUCUCACCUCUGUUACCUCUCUCUCUCUUUCUCUUAUUCUCUUUCUCUCUGUCUUCUUUUCGUUUUUGAGAUGCUUUUUUGAGUCUGAGUCAGCACACUGGGAAGCUAUUUCACGAUAUGCUGUUCGAUAAACUUUGAGAACCUGAAACAUUCACAUUUUCAAUGUGUGCAGAUGGAAUGCAAUUUUGUGUUUUGUGGGAAAAAUAACUGGAUCUACUGUUAAUGGCCCAAUGGCUUGCUAAAAAAAUGAACCAAGAUAAGUAGAUUUGAUUACAAAAAAACAGGGCAAGCAAUAAUAUAAAGCUGAAGAUAUGAGAAUACAGCACCCCAAACCCCUGAAUGUGCUGCCUGAAAUCAAUCCAACUUCUGUUAAAAGAAAAAAAAAAAACAAUCCAAGCAUAAAUGAGGUUCUUACUAACAUUAAAUGUGUAUACAUGCAUUCAAUAAUUGCCACUUGCCACUGUGUCACCAUAAAAUUGGCAUCUCUGUGUUGCUGCUCAUAAGAGGCCUGUUUUUCCUGUAAAGCGGCUUUGUGACAACCUUUGUUGUAAAAAGCGCUAUAUAAAUAAAAUUAAAUUGAAUUUAAUUGAAUAAUAAUUGGAUUAUUUUCUUAAUACAUUUUUGCAGUUAUCUUCUCUAUUCAAGUGGUCAGGUAAACGGCACACUUUUAAUACUGUAUGUUAUAUUAAAUUAGGUCUAGAAAUAUUUUAAAGAGUGCUGGAUUUUAUUUCAGUAGUCAGAUUUCUCAGCACAUGUAUACCCUUACUCUGAUUUCUUUCAGUUUUCUCAGAGUCUGUGCAUGCAUGCAAACACAACCAGAUACAGCAGACUAUAUAGAGAAAUUUGUAAGAAGGGCAGCAGUGCACAAUACUAGAAACCAUACUCAUAAAAAUAUGAAGAUUUUUUUAAAGGGUUAAUGUUUACAAAAAGCCAAGAUGCUUGAAGCUCAUGUCACUUACUUCUUCAAUAUUAUUAUCUGGUUCCAACAGCUAUAAUCAGAGAAAUCUGAUUAUUUCCCAUUAUCUGAUUAUCCAACUGCUUCUAAAUGUGCUGAUUAUAUUAUUGACACAGAACAUCUGAAAUUAGCUAUUUCUUUAAUUUCCUCCGUAUUAUUAAAAGCAUGUAAACACAUUUAAUGAAUAAAAGCUAGAGAGAAUAUUCACUAAUUCUCCUCCAUUAAUAGCAUUAGUUCAUUAGCAAUUACUAAGAGUCCAAACGACUCUUUGAGUUUUGCAUGUAGUGUUACAAUGGCAUUAUUGAUGUCAAUGCAAUACCAUACAACUUCUUUAAUAUGCUCCAGAUAACACCCACUUAAGACCAAAAAACAGGAGUGAUGCCAAAGAUAUAUACACAAAUUAAAUUGUCUUAAAUCUAGUCUAAACGUGGGAUAGUUCUUAUUUUGAGGUGUUGAGGAUAUUCUAAGAUAAUUUACCUUAUUUAUAUCCAAUUUAAUUGGAGCUAAUGGGUUUGUGAAGAGUAGUUUUUGCCUUUUCCUUAUAGUUAGGCCAUAAAAACAUGCACUGUUCAUCUAAAAAAGAAGUAGCUGAAAAGUCCCUCUAGUCUCAUCCCUUAUGCCAGGUUCACUCUACACGACCUUUUGUGUCUUUAGUUGUUGUGCUGUUCACACUACACAACUAGUUGUGCUGUAAUCACGAGUCCUUCAGUUGUUGAGACUUCAAACGCUACACGACUGAUCGGCGACAAAGGGUCACAAAUUAUACAAUUUUUCAUUGUGGGAAAUCGCAGACUCACCUAAAAGCAUGUUUCAUCAUGAGAACAUGCAAGAAACUAAAUGCACAUGAGAACUAGAGAGAAUCUCUAGAGAGCAGAAUAACCGCUUGAAGUAAGUAGAAAAUGAAUGGGCUAAUAUGAAGCAACUGACCAAAACCAGAUUGUAUAAAUAUGAAAAAUUGUAAAAAUAAAUAAAAUAAAAAAUACUGAAAAAAUACUGAAAUAUGUACUUAUGUCCUCAACACAGAACUACAGCUCGGGACAAAAAUAAGAGACCAAUUAAAAAUUAGUUUCUUUGAUUUUACCAAAUAGAAACCCCUGGAAUAUAAUUAAGAGGAAGAUUGAUUAUCACAAGACAUUAAACAAAUCUGAUUUUUCCAAAAGCAGUGUGUAAGACUGGUGGAAGAGAACAUGCCAAGGUGCAAAAACCUGAUUUAUUCCACUAAAUAUUGAUUUCUGAACUCUUAAAACUUUUUAUGAAUAUGAACUUGUUUUCUUUGCAUGAGGUCUGAAAGCUCUGCAGCUUUUUUGUUAUUUCAGCCAAUUUUUAUUUUCUGCAAAUAAAUGCUCUAAAUGACAAUAUUUUUAUUUGAAAUUUGGGAAAGAAGUUGUCCGUAGUUUAUAGAACAAAACCACAGUGUUCAUUUUACUCAAACAUACACCUAUGAAUAGCAAAAUCAGAGAAACUGUUUCAGAAACUGAAGUGGUCUUUUAAUUUUUUCUAGAGCUGUAUAUCAAACAUUUCAGCACCGCAGACAAAAUGUUAAAGGUUUAAAACUCUACUUAUAAACAUUUUAAACUCAGUGCCCUAGUCUGUAUCUUCAGCAUCAGGUAACCAACCAAUCAGCUCACAGUCUGCGAUUGUGAUCAUUGACGGCUUGGCAAGCAUCUUUUAGCAGUUCAAACCACAUGACCGAACGUUCACUGACAGAUCCCCGAUGUGCAUUUGAGCUGAUUUUUUGCUGGGUGGUCAAUGAAAAACUGCUAAAAUCGUGUAGUGUGAACCUGGCAUUACAUGAGUUAGGGACUGGUCUCCUUAAUUUUUGUGCCAGUGGAGAAAAUAAAUUAUACACUGUUAUUUCUGUAACAUAUCAAUUAAUUGGUGAUAAAUGGGGGAAACUACUUAUAUUAUUAUUGAUUUAAAAUUGUAAUUGCAAUAAACUGCAUUAAUUACCGUUGUAAUUUAAGUCUACAGCAUCUUUACACAGAGAUGAUAAUCAUGCAGAACUAUCUCUGUGCCAGUUUAGAUGUGUUCUCUAUUGCCAGUUUAUUUGGGUACUGAAUAUUUUAUCUGCCACAGCAACAGAAAAUAAUAAUAAUCACAUCACCAUUUGUGUUUACCUACUGUAUUUGUGCACUUUAAAGAUUAUUAUGAACAAAAUAGACUCAUGGGUUACACCCACAGUAAAGUGUUUAUUGGCCCAGAAAUUCCACAUCACUGCAUCCCUCAAAAAAUAAUCCUGACACUGAUCAUGGGGCUGCAGCACUCAUUGCCUGGAUCCCCAAACCAAACACUUUUUUCUCACCAUUGUUAGUUCAUGGUGUUAAUUCAUGUUUGAUUUGACUGUAAAUGUGUUAUAUUAAGGCACUCCCUCUAUUAAACUAAAAAGGAAAGUCACUUAUGUAUCCAAUAAAUCAUUUAGGGGCAAGUUACUGACUUGUCAAUCUAGUGACACUGUAUGAAUCUUUCCUUAUGAUAUGGCAAAAAUAAUAAGCACAUACAAACUUUGUGUCUAAAUGAGGUAUGAUAUAUACAGCUCUGGAAAAAAUUAAGAGACCACUUCAGUUUCUGAAUCAGUUUCUCUGAUUUUGCUAUGUAUAGGUAUAUGUUUCAGUAAAAUGAACAUUGUUGUUUUAUUCUAUAAAGGACAGACAACAUUUCUCCCAAAUUUCAAAUAAAAAUACUGUCAUUUACAGCAUUUAUUUGCAGAAAAUAAGAAAUGGCUGAAAUAACAAAAAAGAUACAGAGCUUUCAGUCCUAAUACUAAUACCUAAGUUCAUAUUUAUAAAGUUUCAGAAAUCAAUAUUUGAUGGAAUAACUCUGUUUUUUAAUCAAAGUUUUCAUGCAUCUUGGCAUGUUCUCCUCCACCAGUCUUACACACUGCCCUUGGAUAACUUUUAAAAUGUGCACAGAUUCAAGCAGUUCAAAGUGAUCAUCCAUCUUCCUCUUGAAUGAAUUUAAGAUGAUUUUAAUUUGGAAAAAUCAAACAUACUCAUAAAUUUUAAGUGGUCUCAUUUUUUUCCAGAGCGGUAUGUAUAUCAAUGAAAAACAUGUUUAUCCAAAACAGCAAGUUUAGGAUAGUUUAGGAAGUUCAGGAGAGAGAUUUCCAAUAAAAGUCAGUGUAGAAAGCAUUUAUUUUAUGUCAUUUUGGAGAAUUUCUAUUGGUCCAUUCAUCAGUAAAUCAUUCUCAACCAUUCUCAAAGGUCUCAAAGACCAUUGAGAGUUCAUCAGAGUUACCAGCCUUAGAAACUGCAAAUUAACAGCACUUCAGAUAUGAGCACCUAAAUGCUUCACAGAGUAUUUUGGUUUGUUUAACACCUUUAAGUUACUACAUGAUUCCUUAUGUGUUCCCUCAUAGUCUGGAUGACUUUAUUAUUCAUUUACAAUAAAAACAUAUAUACAUAUAUGUGAGAAGUAUUGAGGAACGUGGUGGUCAGUGUGCUUUACGCAGAGGCAGAGUAAGAAAGGCCAAAUUGGUAUUCCUCUCACCUCCUUACCUCUGUCACACUUGCUGAUUUUACACGUUUCUGGAGCUCUCAUGGAGGACAUUAUUGCCUCGGAGUGGAUUUCCAGUGUCUGAAGAAUAGCAGUUAGAGAGGCCGAGUCAUAAGCAGAAAAGAUCACACCAUGGUGUUUCAGUGCUCUGCCGAAAGACCAUACUUCCUCUGAUUGCUUCGCCCUUGCACGUUUUCAACGGUGGAACCCACUCUGAACAGUCUCCAUUUAAGAGAACCUUCCUGAAAGAAAAAUGAUAGCUCACACAAAAACUUGUAUCUUUUUUUUCUUUUCUUUCUUUUUUUAAAAUUAAAUUCAAAAAAGUAUUUGAAACAGAAUCAUGUGCUGCUAUUCUGUGUAUUUCAGUGUAUUUUGUUUACUUUGCCUGGACUUGAGGCGCGCAGCUUGCGACUGGUGCAAAUGAAGAAGUUACUGAUGUACAUCUGUGUGUACGUGUGCUAUAGAGUGAGUGAAUAAGUGUGUGUGAGAAUGAGUGUGUGUGUGUGUGUGUUGAAAUGGGUAGAGUAUUACUGUAAUGUAAUUUAAUUGCUUUGUUCACUGAAGUGCAAUACAAUAGAAAGAGAAUGACCUCUUGAAGUAAAUGCAAACAUUUGGGGAGAUAUCAUGCCAUGAUAUUGGCACGUUCUUAUCUUACAAAUUUUAAUAAUAUUUUAAAAAGAAAUGGAGGUGAAGCAACUUAAUUAAUAAAAAAUGGGUAACUGCCAUAUGAUUUCUUUCUGAAAUUAAACUUGAACUGCAUCACAAAAACGUUAUGUUGUUUUCAUUUGUUUCAAAAGUGUUGCUUUUGUAAUCAACAGAUCGUUAAGGGCUCUGAGAGUUUUAAUGAACUAGACUGCUGCCACUAUGAUCCAGAGAUCUCUGGUUUGAAUCCUAGUUCUUGUAGUUUUCCAUCAGCAGCUGGAGUCCAAGCAAGCACAAUUGGUCAUGGUUUUCUCUCUAGGAUGGGUAGAUGACAUCACUCCCAUGAUAAUGUUGGUCAACACAGGCGUCUGUUAGCUGAUGUAUCGCAGCUGA